AUGCUUACGUCGCACUUUGACCACAUGGAAGAGAAAAUUCGUAGCUUGGUGCGGAGAAUGGCAAAACUUACUGAUGAUGCCGACUACGAUGCGGGCGAAACGUUUGAGAAUGUACCAGGUCCACUGACAGCUGCUGGGAAUCAUGACAACUACUAUGGCAGACGACUUCGAACUAGGUUUCUUUCUACUAAGUCCCCGUGA